UUCUUUGCAACCUGUUUCAAACAGUGGACACAAUUCGCUCUUCACCUGUUUGCCUGUUUCCUUCCGUCCCUUCUACGAAAAAAGGAGCCUGCCAAUUGAACACUGAGCAAUUCUAUAAGCGCUGUGAUAGACACGGGAGAAAAGAAAUGGACAACAGAGAUUGGCUAACAGCAGAUGGAUGAUGGAGAUUGGGAAAGAGAAAGAGAGAAAGCCAGGAAAAAAUGGGUAUCCAAUUGUAUGCGGUCACUGUGUGUGCUUCCGCUUUUCUUUUUGCUCUUUUCUUUUUUUUUUGUUAUUUAUACCUGCCUGUCUAAUUCUCGCUGUUCCAGCCUACAGCGUCUUCCCGUGGGAGGGCCAGCUAACAAUUUGGGGGAGGGAACCGGUAGCCGUAAUUACCAACUUGAAAUGGUGGUGUGUUUCAAAUCACGGCUGAAGCAAAUGUGGUUCUGUCAAGGGGAGCAAACAAAGACCGAAGGAGACGACGACGACAAGCAGCACCGUCAGCGAUGUUUGGGAGGGACAAACAAAAAGAAACGAUUGUCUAAGCAACGCUGGCCACCUGGCUGUUUGCUUGUGAUUUGGUGGGUUUUGAUGUGUGGAUGUGCUGCGAUUGCGUGUCUCAUAGUGUGGAUGGACAGAACUUUGCGGUGCGAUGUGCUGGUGUGGUGCUUGUUAUUGUUGUAGUGCUUG